CGAAACCGUCAUGCCCUGCCCGCUCAAUAUAGCAGAAAAUACCAUUAUUAUUGAGCCGGGGUCAUACUAUUUGAAGAUUGGAAAACUUUGUGGGCCUCCUCCCAAAAAGCUACAUCAUUGUAUUGCCCGUCGCCUCGCUGUCAAAAGAAAGGCCGGAAAUGUUCCCCUAAUUGCUGGUCGGAAAGUCAUGUUCGGGGAGGAAGUUACCAAAACCUCGCUGUGGUCGGAUAUUCGCGGUUUAUUCUCCCUCACCCUGGAUAGUGGUGUGUCUGCUAAUGAUGCUGACAUUCAUACUAUUUCCGUGGAACGUUCCGAUCAGUCCAAAUUCGUGGGUAAGACUGACGAUGGAGGAGAAUUUGUCGUCUUUGGUGACGCUCUACUAUUGGCUUCCAAUCCACACUAUCAGAUGACCUGGCCCAUAGCAAAUGGAUUUUUUCGGGACGGGGCCAAUUAUUCCUCAGUCGUACAAGAUCUAGAAGACAUAUGGUGCAUGGCCCUGGAAAAGCAACUCGGCAUAAAUCGAUCUGAUUUUUCUUCCUAUCGGGUUAUUCUCGUCAUUGGUGAUGUCUUCAGACGCCACGAAGUGCGAUAUUUAGCCGACAUGCUUUUACAAAAACUUGGGUUCAGCCAUCUUUUCGUUCAUCAGUCUGCGGUGUGUGCAACCUAUGGUCUGGGAGUCACAACAGCUUGUGUUGUCGAUAUUGGGGAGCUGAAAACCUCGGUUUGUUGCGUGGACAACGGAAUUUCUCCACCGGACGCUCGGGUCGUGCUCUCAGUUGGCAGGAACAGUGUGUUGCGUACUUUCCACGGAAUUUCGUUACCCAGUGGAAUCACGAAAGGAAAUGGAGACUACGUCGAUUUUGACUACACCCUCGCCUCCGAUGUAAAUGCUCUUCGUACGUGGUUGACUGAUGCAGAACGUUCCGCUCAUAGCCUGAUUUCUCAGCUUGGUCAGUUGGAAAAGCAAGAUCCUCAGCUCAGGGAACCUACCACCGAUCAACGGUUUGAACUCACUUUUGGAAAUUGUGAGCUGCACUUUACCGUUCCACUUCGUGUUGGCGCUGUCAUCUACGCAAAUCUUUUACCAUUUCGUCAAAUAAGUCUCGCCGCUGAUCCUAUUCGACUAGACAGGCCUUCGAUCUAUCAUGAGUGUCAAAUGUCCCCGCUUGACGCUGCCCAACCGGAUGAUCCUUUUGACGAUCUGUACAUAAAUAUGACAACACGAGAACGUCGUAAGCGUGGUGGAGGCCAAGGGGCUAUGUCAGCUGAUACCGUUGGCAAUGAUGCCACCGCGGAUGUCAGAAUGGAUCGGUUGGAACCAGACGUUGCAGAAGUCCAACCCACGCCAAUAAACGAUACCCAAAUUUCCCUGCCGGCUCGAUCCACCGCUUUCGAAUCACUGCCCAGCGCUAUCUGGUGGAGCAUUUACCAGUGCGCUUUCACGGUCAGUGCACAAUCGACUUCAGAAGCAGGUACUUUGGCCUACCCGAUGGCACCAGUUAGUCAAGCCUCCGCAGAAGAACUUCGGCGACGCCUCCUCCGAUGUGUGGUUCUUAUCGGAGGAGGUUCCUGUGGACCUGGUGGUUGUUGGUUGGCAAAAUGGCUCACUUCAGAACUGAGCAGUUUGCUUGCAUCCACAUUCUCAAUCAACGCCCCCAUGGAGGAUGUUAAUCGUCCUCCUGUGGAGGUCGUCACAUUUGAUGAUCAAUCUGAUCUGGCCUGGUACGGGGCACGGUUGUUGCUGACAGCUGAUUCAUCCAGCGAUAUGUGGAUCACUCAGUCGGAAUGGAGAAAGUAUGGUUCACGUACCUUACGCGAGAAGGCUCCGUUCCUGUGGUGAACCGGGAGGCAAAAAGAUUGUACAUAAUACUGUAUAAUAAACUUGUUUUUACAUUUUC